AUGAAGCUUACAGCGUUACUGGUUGCAUUGUGGUCAACCUCCGUACAACUCUCUCCGUCUGCUUCUUCCUUGGAGUUAGCACCAAACAAGAACUUGCGAAAGCUUGCCAACCAUGAUGCCGCUACAAGUACCAUUGAAGAUAAACCUUCAAACCUUCAAGAUUUAGCAGAUUUGGUUGCUGGUCUCCAGAACCAGAUCGCGCUGUUGAAUACUCAAUGCGAAGAUAAUUUCUCCACGUUGAGUGCCCGUUUGGAUGAAGAGUCCAAAGAGAGGGCGCGACUCACUGCACAUGUCAACGAUAUGGAAUCCAACACCAACAAUAAUAAUGGAUCAAUGAGCUCCACUGCUGCCUACAAUGAAGAAGAUUUUCAUGACUACAUGAAAAAACUAGACCACAUGGAAGCAAAAAUGGAACAGCUCCAGGAUUCUGCCACUGAAAACUUCAACCUCCAAGGACAUCGUCAUCUGGCAGAAACCUUGCAAGAUGUCAUCAGCAAAACAGCAUGCAUCAGUGAUGCUAGUGAUGGCACCAAGUUCUGGGUGGACAACAACUGCCUUACAAACUUUUAUGUAUACCCAUGCUUUCCGGAUAGAGCCACUCUAGACACUGCAUUGGGAGAUAUUGGGACUGCUGAGGUGACUUAUGGGCCAAUCUACAGCUGGUGCUUUGAAGAGAUGUCAAUGAGUGGUCUGUUCUCCUCAAUGAGUAGUUUUGAUGAAGACAUCGGCGGCUGGAAUGUCUCUCUUGUACAUGAUAUGACAGAAACGUUCCGCUCUGCAACAACUUUCAACCAAGACAUCUCAAGUUGGGAUGUAAGCCGCGUUACUGACAUGUAUCAGAUGUUUUAUAAUGCUCGGGUCUUCAAUGGUGACAUUUCCAGUUGGGAUGUUGGCAAAGUUACAACUUCCGAGCAAAUGUUUUAUGAUGCCAGUGUUUUCAACCAGUCCUUAGCAGAUUGGGAUGUAAGCCAAGUGACAAGCAUGAAAUUCAUGUUUCGUAGCGCUAAUUAUUUCAACCAAGACCUCUCAAGUUGGGAUACUAGCAAGGUGGAAGACAUCUCUUGGAUUUUUUCAUCAGCAGAUUCUUUCAACGGCGAUAUUUCAACCUGGGAUGUCAGCAAAGUUACCACUAUGGAAUCCAUGUUCAGAGGUGCCCACGGCUUUAACCGAGACUUGUCUAGGUGGGAUGUCAGCAAGGUGACAACUCUUUACGGUAUGUUCAUAUACACUGAACUAUUCAACCAAGACAUCUCCAUGUGGAAUGUUAGCCAAGUCCAAACCAUGGCAGCCAUGUUUCCGCACGCUUACAGGUUCAACCAAGACCUCUCUAAUUGGGAUGUUAGCCAGGUAACUGCCACAAAAUUGAUGUUCUAUUGGUCACAAGCCUUCAAUGGAGACCUAUCCAGCUGGGAGGUUGGAAAAGUUACAGACAUGAAAGGAAUGUUUGCCGGAGCAAAUUUCAACAUUGACCUUUCCAAUUGGGAUGUCAGUCUGGUUACAACCAUGGAGAAAAUGUUUGAAGAGACCUCUUUCAACCAAGAUCUUUCCAGCUGGAACAUGACCAGUGUUGUCAACACACACAAGAUGUUUGAUGGUGCAGUGUCUUUUCAGCAAGACUUGUGUGAAUGGCAAACAAAGCUGUCAACAGCAGCAUCUGUUUCAGGCAUGUUUUCUGGAACAAAUUGCACUUAUGAUGAAAAUGGUGGUACUCCCCAAUUGUUGAAUGAUUAUUGGGCUGAUCUCUGUUCUCAAUGUGUUAUUCCUUCGGAUUCACCUUCUGCACUGCCAUCAAGCAGCCCAAGCAAAAGCAGCAGCCCAAGUAUGUAUCCCUCUACAACCACCAAUCCAUCAAGUAUCCCAACCAGCCAACCCAGUAUUUUCCCUAGUAGCAUACCAUCAAGUUUGCCAACCAAGCAACCCAGCAAACUUCCCACCCAGAGUCCCAGUCUGAAUCCAACCACAGAACCAUCAAGCAACCCAAGCUCACCUCCAUCAACAAGUGGCAGUCCCAGCAGUUCUCCUUCAAGAUUCUGUUUUGAUUCCCGUACAACGCUUCUGGAAAAACUGGAUAACAUUGCAGAGGCCGAGCUAGAGUAUGGUCCAAUCUACAACUGGUGCUUCCAUGAAAUGUCCUUUGAGCAGCUUUUUAGCACUCAACGAUACGACAAUGCUGGUGCCUUCAACUACGAUAUUGGUGGAUGGGAUGUUAGUCAAGUUUUGAGUUUUCAGAAUAUGUUUUACGGUGCCUCAAGCUUUGACCAGGACAUUUCAGGAUGGGCCACCAGCAAGGUGGCAAGUCUUGCCAACAUGUUCUAUGGAGCUAGUUCUUUCAAUAAAGCCUUAUCUGACUGGGAUGUGAGCAAGGUGCAAGGGAUGGGAAACAUGUUCCGUGGAGCCACAGCCUUUGACCAGGACAUUUCCAGCUGGGAUACAAGUAAGGUUGUUUCUAUGCUCAACAUGUUCAAUGGAGCCAGCUCUUUCAACCAAGAUGUGUCAAGUUGGGAUGUGACCAGUGUCACCGAUGUCAAAGGCAUGUUCAACCGAGCCAGCUCUUUCAACCAUGACUUGUGUGCAUGGAAGUCAGAAUUGUCUAUGGAUGCAUCUAGUUGGGGUGUCUUCCUUUAUACUGCUUGCCCCAAGGCUGUCACUCCAUCCAAUGAUGGCACUGUUUGGACUGAUCUUUGCUAUGCAUGUUAG